GCGCUCCGCUCAGAGUUGUCGAAUACACGAGAGUAUAAACAAGUUAUACAAAGCGACUUUUUUGAGAGCUAUCUCAAAGCGAUUCAUUGUGAUAUAUUUAUUGAGUGAUAUAAGUGAAUUAUCAAAGCAUCAAAAUGGUGAAAGUUCCAGCAAUUGGUAUUGACUUGGGAACCACAUACUCCUGCGUGGGUGUGUGGCAACAAGGAAAGGUCGAGAUCAUCGCCAACGACCAGGGCAACCGCACAACACCUAGCUACGUUGCCUUCACCGACACAGAAAGACUCAUCGGAGAUGCUGCCAAGAACCAGGUAGCAUUAAAUCCAUCCAACACAGUAUUUGAUGCAAAAAGACUGAUAGGUAGAAAAUAUGACGAUCCUAAAAUCCAAGAAGAUCUGAAACAUUGGCCCUUCAAAGUAGUCAACGUUGGAGGCAAACCUAAGAUCGAAGUAGAAUACAAAGGUGAAACCAAACGAUUUGCACCUGAAGAAAUCAGUUCAAUGGUACUAACAAAAAUGAAAGAAACAGCAGAAGCAUAUCUAGGUGGCCCAGUCCGAGACGCGGUUAUCACAGUACCUGCAUACUUCAACGAUUCACAAAGACAGGCCACAAAAGACGCUGGAGUCAUCGCAGGUCUUAACGUACUUAGGAUAAUUAACGAACCAACGGCCGCCGCACUCGCCUACGGUUUAGACAAGAAUCUCAAAGGCGAAAAGAACGUAUUAAUAUUUGACCUGGGUGGCGGUACCUUCGAUGUGUCCAUCCUAACGAUAGACGAAGGUUCGUUGUUUGAGGUAAAAGCUACCGCCGGUGAUACUCACCUCGGUGGUGAAGACUUCGACAACAGACUAGUCAACCACUUCGUAGAAGAAUUCAAACGCAAGUACAAGAAAGAUCUACGUACAAAUAUCAGAGCAAUCCGAAGACUUAGAACAGCGGCAGAACGGGCAAAACGCACGUUGUCAUCCAGCACCGAAGCUACCAUCGAAAUCGAUGCUCUGUUUGACGGCAUAGACUUUUACACCAAGAUCUCACGAGCCCGAUUUGAAGAACUAUGUUCCGAUCUAUUCCGCAGCACCCUCCACCCCGUAGAAAAGGCAUUAGCAGACGCAAAAAUGGACAAAUCAAUGAUCCACGACGUGGUUCUAGUCGGCGGUUCUACACGUAUCCCUAAAAUCCAGAACUUGUUGCAGAACUUCUUCUGCGGCAAACAGCUCAACCUUUCCAUUAAUCCAGACGAAGCUGUUGCUUAUGGUGCUGCAGUACAAGCCGCCGUAUUAACGGGUGACACCAGCGACAAGAUUCAAGACGUUCUCUUGGUCGAUGUCGCUCCUUUAUCGUUGGGCAUCGAAACCGCCGGUGGAGUCAUGACGAAAAUCGUUGAACGUAAUUCUCGCAUUCCAUGCAAACAAACUCAGACAUUCACGACUUAUUCUGACAAUCAGCCUGCCGUUACCAUCCAGGUAUUCGAGGGUGAACGUGCGAUGACCAAGGAUAAUAACUUGCUUGGCACCUUCGACCUGACGGGAAUUCCACCAGCGCCCCGUGGUGUACCCAAGAUCGAAGUCACAUUCGACAUGGACGCCAACGGUAUCCUAAACGUUUCCGCCAAAGAUACCAGUUCCGGAAACUCGAAAAACAUCACCAUCAAGAACGAUAAAGGCCGCUUAUCACAGAAAGACAUCGACAGAAUGGUAUCAGAAGCGGAGAAAUACCGUGAAGAAGACGAAAAACAACGAGAAAAAAUAACAGCUCGAAACCAACUCGAGAGCUAUAUCUUCAACAUAAAACAGGCUGUAAGCGAUUGUGGCGAUAAAAUUGGGCCUGAUGAUAAAGCUACUGUCGAACGAGAAUGUGAUAGUUGCUUGAAAUGGUUAGAUUCGAAUACCUUAGCAGAGAAAGAAGAGUACGAAGAUAAACAGAAACAACUUACCCAGAUCUGCAGCCCAAUCAUGGCCAGGCUGCACGGAGCUGGUCAACAACAACCCGGUGGUAAUCCCUACGGCGGAGGAAUGCCUGGAGGAAGCUGCGGUCAACAAGCUGGAGGAUUUAACAACCGGAACCAAGGACCAACCAUCGAGGAAGUCGACUAAGGCGAUGGUCUCCAAGAAAAUUAGUUCACACAUCGCAGAAUCGUUCCAUUUAAAUUUUUUUCAUUGAUUCCCUAAAAUUUGUUUCCCAUAGUUUCAGUAUGUAACAUUUUUGUUGAAAUAGUAUUGAAUAAGUUUCGGCCUUUUGUAAUCAAAAUUUUGUUUUUUCAAUAAACCACAAUUUCAGGUAGAA